AUGUUACCAAAUGUCUCGGAGAGUUCGUGCAAGUUGCAUCACUGCACAAAUAAUUCGGGACCAUACGAGCCUGCUUUGCUGGUGGACGCCUGGCUUGUGCCACUCAUCUUUGCUAUUUUUAUGAUCUUUGGAGUGUGUGGUAACUCAUUAGUUCUUUAUGUCAUAUACAAACAUAAGAAAAUGAAGACUGCAACAAAUGUUUACAUCGCAAGCCUGGCCACAACGGACAUUGUUUUUCUGGUCUGCUGUGUUCCGUUCACUGCAAUGCUUUAUCCUUUGCCAAGUUGGGUCUUUGGGAACUUUAUGUGCAAAUUGGUCAGCUACAUUCAACAGGUGUCUGCCCAAGCCACAUGUGUAACGUUGACCGUAAUGAGUGUGGACCGCUGGUAUGUGACGGUGUAUCCCAUCCGGUCUUUGCAGUACCGAACCCCAAGAGUAGUCGCCGCAGUCAGCCUUGGUAUAUGGAUAGGGUCAUUUCUGCUGUCGGUCCCAGUGCCAUUGUACAGCAGAACUAUGGUUGAGGAAGGGUAUGGCCCUCAGGUCUUCUGCACAGAGACCUUCCCUACAGUAAUGCACGAGAAGCUUUUCAUCUUGUACAACUUCCUGGCUGUGUAUCUGCUUCCCCUGUUCACCAUCUGCAUCUGUUACAUGCUCAUGCUCUACCAAAUGGGCCAUCCCUCCGUUGAGCCCAUUGACAACAACUAUCAGCUGCAGGUCUUGACUGAGCACUCAGUGGCCUUUAGGGCCCGCCUAUCACGCAUGGUUCUGGUGAUGGUGCAGCUCUUCCUCCUGUGCUGGGGCCCCAUCCAACUUUACAUCCUGGUGCGGGCCUUCAGCCCACACUUCCCGUACAACUACUGCACCUACAAGCUGAAGAUCUGGGCUCACUGCAUGUCCUACCUCAACUCCUGCGUCAACCCUGUCGUGUAUGCCUUCAUGGGGGCCCACUUCCGCAAGGCCUUCCGUACGACCUUCCCUCGCAUGUUUAAGCAGCGUGUGGCUGCUGAACAACCACCACCCAACAGAAAUGCACACACUGAGAUGCAGUAUGUGUCAUAG